GAAGAAAUUGUCACACAACAAAACACACAACAAAGAAACACGCGCACUGCAUUGCACUUCAAUCAUCACCCACUCCAAGCGCAGUGAAACAAACACCUUCCUGUCUGCCUGAGACCAGCCAACCAGCACCAUGUCUUCGGAGAAGAACGUUGCGCAGCUCAUGCCUUACACGACGCUUGGCCGCAGUGGCCUGCGUGUGUCUCGCCUCAGCUACGGCGCCUGGGUCACCUUUGGUAACCAGAUCCAAGUUGACGAGGCCUACGAGCUGAUGAAGCUCGCCUACGCCAACGGCGUCAACUUCUUCGACAACGCGGAGGUGUACUCCUCCGGCAAGGCCGAGGAAGUGAUGGGUGCGGCCAUCAAGCGGGGUGUUGAGAACGGCGACUGGGAGCGCUCCGACCUUGUCGUCACCACCAAGAUCUUCUUCGGUGUCAAGAACGGCCCCAACGCCCGGGGUCUGAGCAGGAAGCACAUCGUCGAGGGCACCGUCGCCUCUCUCAAGCGCCUGCAGCUCGACUACGUCGACGUGGUGUUCUGCCACCGCCCAGACCUCGUCACUCCAAUCGAGGAGACGGUGCGGGCGAUGAACCACGUCCUCGACCGCGGCAUGGCGUUCUACUGGGGCACCUCCGAGUGGUCUGCCCAGGAGAUUACGGAGGCCCAUCGCGUUGCCGACAAGCUUGGGCUCGUUGGCCCCAUCUGCGACCAGCCGCAGUACAACAUGUUUGAGCGCCAGCGCGUAGAGAUGGAAUAUUUGCCGCUGUAUUCGCAGUUUGGCACGGGCCUGACCACGUGGAGCCCACUGGCAUCUGGCGUGCUCACGGGCAAAUACUCGGGCAAGAAGAUUCCCGAGGGCUCCCGCCUGUCGCUCAAGAGCUACGAGUUCAUCAAGAACAGCAAGUUUGGCAACUCGGACUGGCAGAUUACGCGGACGGACGAGCUGAAGCCGAUUGCGGAUGAGCUUGGGUGCAGCCUGGCGCAGCUGGCGGUGGCGUGGUGCCUCAAGAACGAGCACGUGAGCACCGUCCUGCUGGGCGCCACGAAGGUCCACCAGCUCACGGAAAACCUCGCUGCUCUCGAGGUGCUUGAGAAGCUGACGCCGGACGUGCUUGCACGCAUCGAGGGCGUGCUGCAGACCAAGCCUGAGAUGCACGGCAUCCACCAGCAGGUCACGCGCAUGCGCCAGUACCCGCCGGCUCAGUAGAGCGACGUGCACACGCACACGAGGGAUGACAAAGGCGCACACGCAUGCGCGCACACGCACACACACAUACACAUGCAUUUCAAACACACACACACACACACAAACACAUGCAUUACAAACACACACAUCACACGCACCCGAACAUACACAUGCACACUUGUGUGUUUCUUUUGUGUUCUGGUUGUCUUGUGUGCUGGUGUUACCCUUCCCAUGCCUCAUGUUUUACUGUUCCACCUCGUUUUUUUGCCACCCUCGCGUGAAAGCUUUAACCAUCAUGCACGUGCCUUAUUCAGCACCACAUACAAACCAAGAACCACAACA